CUGGAGUCGUGGAACUAGGCUUCCCAGAAGGCUUUGCCGCCCAGAAGGAAGUGAUCUUUAUUGGCCACGCCCCCUAUGAUCACGUAACUUCCUUCGCUAGCCUCCUUGUUGGCACCGGAAGUCAGCCACUUCCGGAUCUCGCAUCGCUUUCUACUACCUGAACUCUUCUCCAACCUUUAUGUGGUGUGGGCUCCGGGACGGACCAAGGGCUGACCCCGCUGGAGAGCGAGCUCCAGCCUCUGACAAGUCUGCCCAGGUGAACACAAUGGCUCCGGUGCUCCUGCCCUCCAGGGACCACCAAGAGUCGGUGACCUUCGAGGACGUGGCUGUGGAAUUCACCCCGGAGGAGUGGGAGCACCUGCGCUCUUUUCAGAAAGCGCUGUACAGGGACGUGAUGCUGGAGAACUACAGGAACCUGGUCUGCCUGGGGCUAGCAGUUUCCAAACCACGUGUGAUUUACCAGUUGGAGCAAGGGAAAGUCCCUUGGAUGCCAGAGGGUGAUAUCCCAAGAACCCCCUAUCCAGAUUGGGAUACUGGACCUGAAACCAUGGAGUCAGCUCCAAAGAUGGACAUCUCUAUGGAAAAAUCAUUCCAAGAAAAAUUUGAAAGGAGUAGUCUCUUUCUUUCCAAGUUUGAAGAAGCCUGGGAAUGUAAUGCCAACUUAGAAAAGGAGCAGGGAGGUGAGGAGAAACAGUCAAGGCAAAUUAAAAACACCCCAAAGAAAGCUCCCCAAAAAGGGACAAGACAUGUGUAUAAUAAAUAUAAUAGAGGCUCCUAUCUAGGACCAAUCCUUUUCCCCCAACAUAGAGGAUCUGUUGAAAAGAACCUCCAUCAGUGUGAUGUUCACAAAAAGAAUUGUAGAUUCUAUUCACACCUGAAUAAAUGUAAUAGCAUCUGCUCAAAGAAGAUGUUUUCUAAGUUUAAUGAAUGUGAGAAAUUCUUUAGUUAUAAUUCAGACCUUAAUGACAACCACAGAAUACAUCUUGGAGUGAAACCAGUUGGAGAUGAUGAAUGUAAGAAGGCUGUCCCCAAUAGCAUGAACCUUACUCAACAGCAAAGAAUUUCUACUGCAAAGAAGCCUAAUGAAUGUAAUGUAUGUGGAAAGGUCUUUAGUCAGAAGACAGGACUUACUCGACAUCAGAGAAUUCACACUGGAGAGAAACCAUAUGAAUGUAAUGAAUGUGGGAAGGCAUUCAGCCGGAAGACAGGACUUACUGAACAUCAAAAAAUUCAUAAUGGAGAGAAACCUUAUAAAUGUAAUGAAUGUGGAAAGGCUUUCCGGCAGAGAAUACGCCUUAUUGAACAUCAGAGAAUCCAUACAGGAGAGAAACCUUAUGAAUGUAAGUCAUGUGGAAAAGCCUUCCGAUGGAGCUCAGAACUUACUCGUCAUCAGAGAGUUCACACAGGAGUGAAACCUUAUAAGUGCAAUGAAUGUGGGAAGACCUUUUGCCGGAGAACAGGGCUCACUCAACACCAGAGAAUUCAUACUGGAGAGAAACCUUACAUGUGUAAAGAAUGUGGGAAUGCCUUCCGUCAGAGAAUACGCCUUAUUGAACACCAGAGAAUUCAUACUGGAGAAAAACCUUAUGAAUGUAAGGAAUGUGGGAAGGCCUUCCCCAGGAGCACAGAACUUACUCAACAUCAGAAAAUUCAUACUGGAGAAAAACCUUAUGAAUGCAAUCUAUGUGGAAAGGCCUUCCGGUGGAUCACAGAACUUAAUGAACAUGAGAGAGUUCAUACUGGAGAGAAACCUUUUCAGUGUAAAGAAUGUGGGAAGACCUUCCGCCAGAGAAGAAGUCUUAUUCAACACCAGAGAAUUCACACCGGAGAGAAACCUUAUAAUUGUAGUGAAUGUGGGAAGGCCUUUCGGUGGAGCACAGACCUUACUGAACAUCAGAGGAUUCAUACUGGAGAGAAACCUUAUACAUGUAAAGAAUGUGGGAAAGCCUUCCGUCAGAGAGCACCACUUGCUCAACAUCAGAGAAUUCAUACUGGAGAGAAGCCUUAUAACUGUAUUGAAUGUGGGCAGGCUUUCCGAUGGAGAACAGGACUUACUGAACAUCAGAGAAUUCAUAGUGGAGAGAAAUCUUAUAAUUGUAAAGAGUGUGGAAGGGUUUUCCAUCAGAGAACACGUCUUGCUCAACAUCAAAGAAUUCAUACUGGAGAGAAACCAUAUAAAUGUAAUGAAUGUGGGAAAGCCUUCCACCGAGGCACACAUCUUACUCAACAUCAGAGAAUUCACACUGGAGAGAAACCUUAUAAAUGUAAAGAAUGUGGGAAGGCCUUCCGCCAUAGAACACCUCUUGCCAAACAUCAGAAAAGUCAUACUGGAGAGAAACCUUAUGAAUGUGAUGAAUGUGGAAAAGCUUUUAAUCAGAAGAUAGAACUUAUAGAACAUCAGAGAAUUCAUGCUAGAGAAAAAGCUUAUGUAAGUAAUGAGUAUAAAAAGGCCUACUCACAGAAAGCUGACAUUACUAUGCAUAAUAGAAUUCAUACUGGAGAAGAAGCUUAUGAAAGUAAUGAAUGUGAAAAGGCCUUCAGGCUGCAGAGAACAUUUGCUGACAACCAGAAUAUUCAUAAGAUCAAGAAACCAUGUGAAUGCAACGAAUGUGGGAAAGCCUUCAGUCAGAAGGCGGGACUGAAUGGACAUCAGAACAUUCAUACUGGGAAGAACAAUUAUAAAUGUAAUGAAUGUGGGAAAGUCUUCCAUAAAACGAUAGGACUUAGGAGUCAUCAGAAAAUUCAUUCUGGAGAGAAACCAUAUCAAUGUAAUGAAUGUGGGAAGGCCUUUAGUCACAAGGCAGGACUUACCUGUCAUGAGAAAAUUCAUACCGGAGAGAAACCAUAUGAAUGUAAUAAGUGUGGUAAGGCUUUUAGCAGGAAAUCUGCUCUUACUGACCAUCAGAAAAGUCACACUGGAGAGAAACCUUAUCAGUGUAAUGAAUGUGGGAAAGCCUUCACCAGGAAGUCAAGCCUUACUCAACAUCAAAAAAUUCAUACUGGAGAGAAACCUUACAAAUGUAAGGAAUGUGGGAAAGCCUUCAGUCGGAAAGUAACACUUACCUGCCACCAGAAUAUUCAUACUGGUGAGAAACCUUAUGAAUGUAACAAUUGUGGUAAAACCUUCAGUCGGAAGACAGGACUUACAAGACAUCAGAAAAUUCAUACUGGAGAGAAACCCUAUAAAUGCAAUGAAUGUGGGACAGCCUUCAGUCAGAAGAGAACACUAACUGAACAUCAAAAUAUUCAUACUGGAGAGAAACCUUAUGAAUGUAAUGAAUGUGGGAAGGCUUUCAAGCAAAAGAACACACUUACUGAGCAUCAGAAUAUUCAUGCUAGAGAGAAAUCCUAUGAAUGUAAUGAAUGUGGGAAAGCCUUCAGUCAGAAGAAGAAACUUACUAAACAUCAGUAUAUUCAUACUGGAGAGAAACCUUAUGAAUGCAAGGAAUGUGGGAAAGCCUUCAGUCAGAAAAGAACACUUAUUGAACAUCACAAUAUUCAUACUGGACAGAAACCUUAUGAAUGUAAUGAAUGUGGGAAAGUCUUUGGUGAGAAGACAGGACUAAGUAAACAUCAGAAAUGUCAUUCUGGAGAGAAACCAUAUCAAUGUAAUCAAUGUGGGAAAGCCUUCACCAGGAAGACAAGACUUACUCGACAUCACAAAAUUCAUACUGGAGGGAAACCUUAUGAAUGUAAUGAAUGUGGGAAAGCUUUUAGAGAGAAGACAAGUCUUAGUGAACAUCUGAAAAUUCAUAUUGGAGAAAAACCAUAUUCAUUGUAAUCAAUGUGGAAAGGCUUUUAGCAGGAAGACAAUUCUUACAGAAACAUCAGAAAACCCACAGGAAAAACAUUUCAUCAGAAUGUCAGAAGGCCUUAAGUUGGAAAAUGACACUUGAACAUUAGAAAUUUGACAUAGGAGAGAAACUUUUGGAAUAUGAUUAACUUGUGGCAGAGAAGACAUAUUAUUAAAUCUUAUGUCAUUAAAUUAUUAUUGAAUUA